AUGAUGGUGAGGAGUGAGAAGAUGAAGAUUGAUGCGGAGACGGAGAGACUGAAGGCAGAGGCGGUGGGGAUCAAGGUGGUGGCGGACACGGUGGCGGGGAUGGACGUGGCGGGGUCAGUGCGUGAGACGCAGAAGAAGGAAGUAGAGAGGCUGACGGUUGGGGUGGAGCGCGUGGUGGCGGCGACGGUGAAAGCGCCGAAGAAGGUUGAGGAGACGAAGAGGAAGAAUUCGGAGAAAGCCGUGAAGAAGGUUGGGGAGACGACGAGGAAGACUUCGGAGAAGGAGCGGGCGGUGGUGCCUAAGCUGCCAAAGAGGUGA